AAUCGAUGUGGAAGAGGAUCUUGGCACGCACGAUGUUUUGGUGGUGCUUUGCGAAAAAACCUGGGUGAGGAAUGGUCUGUAAGAACAUUUAAACAUGUAACCAAAGAACAAGGUGGACAGUAUUUUUUUGAAGCUGUGCACAGACAAACAAAGAAAAAUUAUGCAAGUGCCAAAUAUCAGGCUAAACCAGAAAGUAAAUCAUUAAGACGUAAACGUAAAUUUCAAAAUUUGAAGGAAAACACUUGUAAAAAAGCUAAAAUUAACUAUGGCAGCAAUUUAGAUGAUUCACCUGAUGUACCAGCAGACCAACUCAAAAUUGUGUGUGACCAAUUUUAUGAAUGUCAAAUAUUAAAAACAGAUACUGAAUUAAUCAAUAUUGAAAAAAAAACCAUUAAUCAAUCCCAAUCAGAAUUGUGGAAAAAAGAAAGAAGUAUUAGGCUAACUAGCUCCAACUUUGGAAAGGUUAUUUCUCGCCGCAACACAAAUGUAUCUACAGCUUUAGUAAAUAAUAUGCUGUAUUCCAAAUUCUCUGGUAACAUCCAUACAAUAAGAGGACUGGCACAAGAGGACAAUACUAUAAUAGAAUAUAAAAAUGUUAAAGGAAAUGUUGAAGUGCAGAGAACUGGAUUGAGAAUUUGUAAAGAACACCCCUUUCUAGCAGCUUCAACUGAUGGAAUUGUCUUAUCAAAAGAAUCUAAAGGACUUUUGGAAAUAAAGAAUCUGCUGCAAACAAAUUCAUAUUUAAUAAAAGAAGCUGUGGAAAAAGUGCCAAAUUUUUGUUUGGAAUGUGUAAAAGGGAAAAUUCAGCUUAAAAAAACCCAUAGCUUUUAUUACCAAAUUCAAGGACAAUUAAAUAUCUUUGAAAAACCAUGGUGUGAUUUUGUGGUAAGACGAUCAAAACCAUAUGACAUGUUCAUUGAACGAAUACAAAGGAACUGUAAAUUAUGGGAGACGCAAAUGUUACCCAAAUUGCUAGCCUUCUAUAUGAAGUUCAUGCUUCCUGAAAUAGCCCUCCCAAGAAUGGGAACAUAUACUGGAAUUAGACAACCAAACAAACCAUGGUUCAUUCCUAGUCAACGAGUUGAAUUGACGAAGACAAAAUGUACAAGUGUUUCCAAGCCAUUAGUAAAAACGUCAAAAUUGGUAGUACAUGUAGAUGAUCAAAUAGCGGGUCCAUCCCAUCUAUGCGAUGAUACAUUGACUGAUGUAAAUAACAAUUCAACACCAAAGGAAGUUUGCACCAAUAAAAGGACUGGUCGAUGCAGAACAGCAAAGUUUGUUGGUCGACAGAUUCGACACAAAUGGAUUGUUGAUAAGGAAACCAAAAAGAGCAAAUGGUAUAUUGGAACAGUGAUAGAUGUAGUAUCAGGAAAAGACGGUGAUCCACAAGCGGUACAUGAAGUCCUGUAUAAAGGAGAAGACAGCCCAUAUGAGGUGGACGGUCUUCAACGGGAUUUAGAUGAAGGCUCGUUGAAGUUCGUUGAUAUAUAGACAAGAAAACAUUGCGAAAAAGGUUCCAGCUGCUGUCAGUGGAUAUAUGAAUACACAA